CCAUGAUGGUCAACUCAUCCUGCAACCCAGUCUAAAAUGCCGCACUUCUGGAGAAAUCUUUGGCGAGUUUUGGGCUCCCUAACAGAUCCACCUAAGAGAUCCGAGAACAACACCACCCUGGUCAUUCACAAAAGUCGCCUCAGCCUGCUAACCCACCGAAGUCUGCGCAGCGAAAGGACUUCACGACGACGAUUCCGCUUUGCGCAUCCGUCUGUAAGCCGUCAUGUGGUCUUUUCGCCCAGCACCUUGGAUCAUCAGAAAAAUAGAAAUGUGGUAAUGAAAGCGGAAACAUCGGCCUUCCAGAACUUCGUGCGGGAGGUGUACGAGGGAUAUUACGACCUUUUGCUCUACGAGGAGAGAAUGAGGCUCGGCUUGCAGCCAGAAGAGCAGCUAACCAACCGAAGGCUGGGAUUCCAGGAUCUCGUGCGCCUCCAGAAAGUGGCCAGCGAUAUGUGGAGGAAAAUGAGCAGGGACCGAAAGCAGCACUACAAGGAUCUGGCCCGAAUGGCACUGCAUCGAAGAAGUUUACGGCUGCCUCCCGAUCCUUAUCGAUUACCCCCACAUGUUAUGAGGUCAUCGAAGAAGCUGAAGAUUACCAGAUCCAUUUUUGUUCGAGGAAUAGCCGAACGAACAUGUUAAUCCCCCUGACACCAAAAGUUCUUGUCUAACGUAAUCUAAAUUAUUUGUCUAGUCCAUCCUAUUUCCGAUUAGCAAAGAAAUAGUUAAAGUGCAACAAAGUAA